AUGGCUUCAUUUCUGCCCCGUGCAGCUCCCCGAGCUUUACGGUCUUCAGCGCGCCCUAUGCUGCUGCAUUUCCAGCGCCCCGCUGUCCCUAACCUUCGUCGCGGGAUUGCGAUCCCCGCUGAGCAGCCAAGACUGAGGCUGGGAUCUAUAGCGCCCAACUUUCAGGCAAAGACUACACAUGGAGACAUUGACUUCCACGAAUUCCUCAACAACAAGUGGACUGUGCUUUUCUCACAUCCAGCCGAUUUCACUCCAGUUUGUACUACCGAGCUCGGCGCGUUUGCAAAACUCAAGCAUGAAUUCGACGCUCGUGGCGUCCAGAUGAUCGGCCUCAGCGCCAACGACCUGUCCUCCCACGAUGAAUGGAUCUCUGACAUCAACGAAGUUGCCUCCACUACCGUCCAAUUUCCUAUCAUUGCCGAUGCCGAUCGCCGUGUCGCUUUCCUUUACGAUAUGAUCUCGCAAGACGACCUGGAUGCACUUGAAAAGGCAGGGACUGGCAUCGCCUUCACUAUCCGUGCAGUAUUCAUCAUCGAUCCAGCAAAGAAGAUCAGGCUGACGAUGCUGUAUCCUGCGAGUACGGGUCGCAAUACGAGUGAGGUGUUGAGGGUGAUUGACAGUCUGCAGACUGGGGACAGAAAGGGUAUUGCAACACCAAUUGACUGGCAGGUUGGGGAUGAUGUCAUUGUACCUCCAAGCGUGAGUACUGAGGAAGCGAGGAAGAAGUUUGGGCAAGUCAGGGAAGUCAAGAAGUACUUGCGGUUCACGAAUGUUGGGAAAUAG